UUUCCUCAUAGGAACGUCCGCGAAUUUGAUCAAUUAUAUUUUGUCAUUUGUCAACAAACAUAGAUAUAUAUGUUCACCUAAGCAUAUACUUUGAUUUUUUUUCUUCUUUAACAUAAGGUUUGCCUUUCAAAUUUUCCGUUUUUAAUAACUACAUUGGUUUGCUCUGGAUGCAGUGAAUCGUUAAUUGGUUUCGUUGAAAUAUUGUUACUUGAGAGGAGGCAAUGUUGCUUCAUCUUUUCUUUUCAUUGUUCGUGUUUUUGACAUUGACAGACAAUGGAAAUGCUGGUGUAACGAGUUCAUUUGUUCGUAGUGAGUUUCCAGCUGUUGAUAUCCCUCUUGAAAAUGAAGUGUUUGCAGUUCCUAAAGGUUACAAUGCUCCACAACAAGUGCAUAUAACACAGGGUGACUAUGAAGGAAAGUCUGUAAUAGUCUCAUGGGUUACGCCUGAUAAACCGGGGUCUAGUGAAGUACGUUACGGAUUAUCUAAGGGAAAAUAUGAUUUUACAGCUAAAGGAUCAUUCACAAACUACACAUUUUACACCUACAAGUCUGGAUAUAUACACAAGUGCUUUCUUAACGGACUUCAGUAUGACACAAAGUAUUACUAUGAAAUCGGAAAUGGUGACUCUGCUAGAAACUUUUGGUUUGAAACUCCUCCAAAGGUUGAUCCAGAUGCUUCAUACACAUUUGGUAUCAUAGGUGAUCUCGGACAGACAUAUAAUUCUCUUUCGACUCUUCAGCAUUACAUGAAUAGUGGAGCUAAGAGUGUCUUGUUUGUGGGAGAUCUAUCUUAUGCGGACAGAUAUAAGUAUCAUGAUGUUGGAGUCCGUUGGGAUUCAUGGGGCCGCUUUGUUGAACCAAGUACAGCAUAUCAACCGUGGAUUUGGAAUACUGGGAAUCAUGAGAUAGAAUAUAUGCCAUAUAUGGGAGAAGUAACUAUGUUCAAGUCGUAUCUGUACAGAUAUCCGACACCAUAUCAAGCUUCAAACAGCACUAGUCCGCUUUGGUAUUCCAUCAGGAGGGCGUCUGCUCACAUAAUUGUGCUAUCAACCUACUCUCCUUUCGUAAAAUAUACACCACAAUGGAAGUGGCUGAGAGAGGAAUUCAAAAAUGUGGACAGAGAGAAAACUCCUUGGCUUAUAGUUCUUAUGCAUGUUCCUAUCUACAACAGUAAUGUAGCUCAUUUCAUGGAGGGAGAAAGUAUGAGAUCCGUCUUCGAAGCAUGGUUUAUCGAACACAAAGUUGAUGUGAUCUUUUCUGGUCAUGUCCACGCCUACGAACGAUCAUAUCGCAUAUCAAAUAUACACUUUAACAUCUCGAGUGGUGAUCCCUAUCCCGUACCUGAUGAAACAGCUCCAGUUUACAUAACUGUUGGUGAUGGAGGAAAUAAAGAAGGUCUUGCUGCAAGAUUUAGAGAUCCUCAACCAGAUUACUCUGCGUUCCGCGAAUCCAGUUAUGGUCAUUCUACACUAGAGAUUAAGAACAGAACACAUGCAUUCUACCAUUGGAACAGAAAUGACGAUGGAAAGAAAGUUAAAAUCGACUCAUUCGUGUUACACAAUCUGUACUGGGGACAGAAUCAUCAGCAGAGAAAGUCGAAUCAAUAUCGUCUCCGUUCACUCAUUUUAAACAGGGCUUCAACUGCACAACUGUGAGAACAUAUUUCUGCAACUUGCUCUCAACUUAGUUGCAGUUUUAUGGCCAUAUAGAUUAAUAUCCCAAUGGCAACUAAUAAGUUUGAAUAUCUAUUUGCUUUCUUGGACUAUUUGGCUAAUUACUUGAGCCGAGGGUUUAUCAAAAAAGGUGUGCGUACACACUACCUUUCCCAGACCUUAGUUGUGGGAUUAUACGGGGUAUGUUAUUGGACUAUUUGGCUAAAUUUCCACCAAAUAUUUAUCAUUCAAAUAAGAAUUUGUGCUGUUCGCUGCA